GUUAUAUUAUGUCGUCUAUGCACACGUUCAUUCUUUAACCCAUCACUCACUACCUUACCUUCUUCUUCUUCUUCUUCACUUCCUGGCUUUUGUUUCCUCGCUAAGCCAAGAACGACCCUUUCCAAUCCCCUAACGAAAAAUCAUCGUCAUAAUCAUCUACGUACGUUGUUUUCGCGAAACAACACUUUCACAAUACCGAAAAACAACACAAAAACAAGGUUUAAGCGCGAGAAGUUAACUUCUGUUUUUCUUCUUCUUUUGCUUGUUAUAUAAGCGCAAAUUGUCCAAUACAGUUUUUUCUAAGAGAUCGACAAAAGCAAGGACGCGUUGAAAUGGCAAAUACGUUUGCGUGUCGCUUUUAGCCACCGAUCACUUCUGGCUUCGCAGUUCGCACAAUACAGAGUUUGAGGAGCAAAGAGAAGUAAAGAAAAAUGGCGGGUUUUUGGAGCGUGUUUUGUGGGGAAUCUGGUUGCUCAGAGGCUGGAAAAAUGCCUGGCAGCUAUGAUUUUAGGCUUCUCAUUGAUCCUUCCACUUGUGUCAACCAUUUGCUAAUCUCUUGCUUUGAUGUGUUGCUGCUUAUCAUGCUUGUAUUCAUUAUGAUCCAGAAGUCAACAUUAAAACCAUCUCGGGGUCUAAUACAGGUGCAAAGAUAUCCAUAUUUCCAGCUAGUUUCUGCCAUAGUCAAUGGUGCUCUUGGGUUGGCACAUUUGUGCUUUGGAAUUUGGGUUUUAGAAGAGACGUUGAGGAAAAACCAAACUGUGUUGCCUCUUAAUUGGUGGUUGCUAGAAAUCUUUCAUGGAUUAACAUGGUUGUUAGUGAGUUUAACAAUAAGUCUCAAGUUGAAACAACUUCCAAGAGCAUGGUCAGGGUUUUUUUCUGUUCUAAUCUUCUUGGUUUCUGGUAUUUUCUGCGGUUUAUCCUUGUUUUAUGCAAUUAGUAGCAGAGAACUAUCCCUUAAGAUAGCUUCAGAUAUUCUAUCUUUUCUGGGGGCGAUAUUAUUGUUAUUAUGCACAUAUAAGGAAUCCAACCAUAGGGACACUGACAGUGAAAUUGAUGAAAGUCUUUAUGCACCCUUAAACAGCGAGUCCAACAAAAAUGAUUAUAUUACAUAUGUAACCCCAUUUGCCAAAACUGGAUUCUUUGGCAGAAUGACAUUUUGGUGGUUGAAUCCAUUGAUGAAAAUGGGCAAAGAGAAAACACUUCAGGAUGAAGACAUUCCGCGUUUGCGGGAGGAGGAUCGAGCAGAAAGUUGCUAUCUGCUGUUUUUGGAUCAAUUGAACAGACAGAAACAGAAGGAUCAAUCCUCGCAGCCAUCAGUUUUGAGGACAAUAAUUUUAUGCCAUUGGAAAGAAAUUUUAAUAUCAGGAUUCUUUGCAUUGCUUAAGGUAGUUGCUCUGUCUUCAGGACCUCUUCUUUUGAAUUCUUUUAUAUUGGUUGCUGAGGGUAACGAGAGUUUCAAAUAUGAGGGUUUUGUGUUGGCCAUAUCACUUUUCUUUACAAAAAACAUAGAAUCCUUAUCACAAAGGCAAUGGUACUUCCGCUGCAGACUCAUUGGUGUGAAAGUUAGGUCGUUGCUAACUGCAGCCAUUUAUAGAAAACAAUUGAGGUUAUCCAAUUCUGCUAGAUUGAUGCACUCUGGUGGUGAGAUAAUGAAUUAUGUGACUGUGGAUGCUUAUAGAAUUGGUGAAUUUCCCUAUUGGUUUCACCAGACUUGGACAACAAGCUUACAGCUAUGUAUCUCAUUAGUUAUACUUUUUCGUGCUGUUGGAUGGGCAACAAUUGCCUCCUUGGUGGUGAUAGUAAUCACUGUGCUUUGCAAUACUCCACUUGCGAAGUUGCAGCACAAGUUUCAAAGCAAGCUUAUGGUGACACAAGAUGAGAGAUUGAAGGCUUGUUCUGAGGCUCUUGUGAAUAUGAAGGUGUUGAAGCUGUAUGCGUGGGAAACCAAUUUUAGAAGUUCUAUAGAGCGAUUAAGGAAUGAGGAGCUCAAAUGGUUGUCUGCAGUGCAAUUAAGAAAGGCAUACAACACCUUUCUCUUUUGGUCCUCCCCUGUCUUGGUCUCUGCUGCUUCCUUUGGGGCAUGUUACUUUCUUAAUGUUCCAUUGCAUGCAAAUAAUGUUUUUACUUUUGUCGCUACUUUGCGCCUUGUUCAGGAUCCAAUUAGAACCAUCCCUGAUGUUAUUGGGGUGGUCAUCCAGGCAAAAGUUGCGUUUGCUAGGAUUGUAAAAUUUCUUGAGGCACCUGAACUGCAGAGUGCAAAUGUCACACAAAGGUGUAUCAAUGAGAAUAAGAGGGGUUCAAUUUUAAUUAAGUCUGCUGACUUUUCAUGGGAAGCUAAUGUAUCAAAGCCAACACUGAGAAACAUAAACUUGAAGGUUAGACCACGACAAAAGGUGGCUGUCUGUGGAGAGGUUGGCUCAGGCAAAUCAACUCUCUUAGCAGCAAUUCUCAGAGAAGUUCCUAAUACUCAGGGGACAAUUGAGGUUCAUGGGAAGUUUUCCUAUGUUUCUCAAACAGCAUGGAUACAGACAGGUACAAUAAGGGAGAAUAUAUUGUUUGGAGCAGCUAUGGAUGCUGAAAAAUAUCAAGAAACACUUCAUAGGUCUUCACUAUUGAAGGAUCUUGAGUUGUUUCCCCAUGGUGAUCUCACUGAAAUAGGGGAGAGAGGAGUCAACCUGAGUGGAGGUCAGAAGCAGCGAAUUCAACUUGCACGUGCACUAUAUCAGAAUGCUGAUAUAUAUCUCUUGGAUGAUCCAUUCAGUGCUGUUGAUGCACAUACUGCAACAAAUUUGUUUAAUGAAUACAUAAUGGAAGGACUUGCUGGGAAAACAGUCUUGCUUGUGACUCAUCAAGUUGAUUUCCUUCCAGCAUUUGAUUCUGUUUUGUUGAUGUCAGAUGGGGAAAUCAUAGAAGCUGCUCCUUAUCACCAUUUGUUGAGCUCAAGCCAAGAAUUUCAGGAUCUUGUGAAUGCCCACAGAGAGACUGCUGGCUCUGACCGGCUUGUAGAUGUUACUUCUCCGCAGAAACAAUCAAAUAGUGCUAGAGAAAUUAGAAAAACAUCUACGGAGCAGAAUUAUGAAGCAUCAAAAGGUGAUCAAUUGAUUAAGCGAGAAGAGAGAGAGAAGGGAGACCAAGGGUUCAAACCAUAUAUACAGUAUCUGAAUCAGAACAAAGGAUAUAUAUACUUCUCUGUGGCUGCUCUUUCUCACCUAACAUUUGUGGUUGGCCAAAUAUUACAAAACUCAUGGAUGGCCGCUAGUGUUGAUAAUCCUCAAGUCAGCACUUUGCAAUUGAUUCUUGUUUACUUGUUGAUUGGACUUAUUUCAACACUAUUCUUGUUGAUGAGAAGUCUUUUUGUAGUUGCUUUGGGUCUUCAAUCAUCAAAGUCUUUAUUUUCACAGCUACUGAACUCCCUUUUUCGUGCCCCCAUGUCAUUUUAUGACUCCACUCCUUUAGGAAGGAUACUUAGUAGGGUCUCCUCGGAUCUCAGCAUUGUAGACCUUGAUGUCCCAUUCGGCUUUGUUUUUGCUGUGGGAGCUACUAUGAAUUGCUAUGCUAAUCUAACCGUUUUAGCUGUUGUUACUUGGCAAGUCUUGUUUGUCUCCAUACCGAUGAUUUAUUUUGCAAUCCGCCUGCAGAGAUAUUACUUUGCCUCUGCAAAAGAACUGAUGCGGUUGAAUGGCACAACAAAAUCCUUUGUUGCCAACCAUCUUGCUGAAUCUGUUGCUGGAGCUGUGACAAUAAGGGCUUUUGAGGAGGAAGAUCGUUUUUUUGAGAAAAAUCUUUAUCUAAUUGAUGUCAAUGCGAGCCCUUACUUCCAUAGUUUUGCUGCGAAUGAGUGGCUGAUUCAACGAUUAGAAACGGUCAGUGCUGUUGUUCUUGCAUCUGCGGCACUGUGCAUGGUUGUACUUCCACCCGGAACUUUCUCCUCUGGAUUUAUUGGCAUGGCUCUCUCUUAUGGCCUUUCACUUAACAUGUCCUUAGUAUUUUCAAUUCAAAAUCAAUGCAACAUAGCGAAUUAUAUAAUAUCAGUAGAGAGGCUAAAUCAGUAUAUGCAUAUACCAAGUGAGGCUCCAGAAGUAAUAGAAGGAAAUCGCCCUCCUGGGAAUUGGCCAGCGGCUGGUAGAGUACAAAUAAAUGAAUUGCAGAUACGUUACAGGCCUGAUGCACCACUAGUACUUCGUGGAAUCACAUGCACAUUUGAAGGAGGUCACAAAAUUGGUAUUGUUGGCAGAACAGGCAGUGGAAAGUCUACUCUUAUAGGCGCCUUAUUCCGUCUAGUGGAGCCAGCAGGUGGAAAAAUCAUUGUUGAUGGAAUAGACAUUUGUUCUAUUGGACUUCAUGACUUGAGGUCACGCUUUGGUAUUAUACCUCAGGAUCCUACUCUUUUUAAUGGGACAGUCAGAUACAAUUUGGACCCUUUAUCUCAACACUCUGAUCAAGAGAUAUGGGAGGUUCUAGGGAAGUGUCAGUUGCAAGAGGCUGUCCAAGAGAAAGAAGAGGGAUUAGACUCUUCAGUUGUUGAAGCUGGAGCAAACUGGAGCAUGGGACAACGACAGCUAUUCUGUUUGGGGCGUGCUCUUCUCAGGCGAAGUCGGAUAUUGGUGCUUGAUGAAGCAACUGCGUCAAUUGAUAAUGCAACUGAUUUGAUUCUGCAGAAAACAAUUAGGACUGAAUUUGCGGAUUGUACAGUGAUUACAGUAGCUCACAGGAUACCAACUGUGAUGGAUUGCACCAAAGUUCUUGCCAUCAGUGAUGGGAAACUGGUGGAGUAUGAUGAACCGAUGAACUUGAUAAAGAGAGAAGGAUCACUCUUUGGGAAGCUUGUUAAGGAAUACUGGUCUCAUUUUCAGUCUGCAGAAUCUCAUUGAAGCUGAACAUGUUUUUUUAGCAUAGCUCUUAUAUUUUUCUCUGUGGAUUGAGAAGAAGCCAAGAAAGAGUACUUAGAAGUAGGAUGCAAAGUGUAUUUUACUAUUAUAUUUGGAAAACCCUGAGGUCUGAGAAGUGGGAAGGAAUUAGAGGGACUAAGAAGUAAAAAGAAAAUGGUGCAAAGGUAUUCUAAUGUACCAUUUUCUAGAAUGACUUUGUCACUUUGAGCUGUUUUACAGUGGAAAGGUCCAUUAUUUAUCAAUCUUUGUUUAUAA